UGUUUUGCAUGUGAACUUGAGGGGGAUGACAGAGACAUGGUAACAACGAAUAUUUCUUGUGAACGUUGUCAUGCGAUCUUUGAAACAGCCCCAAAAUUACUCGCACACAUCGCAGCUCACAUAUUACAUGACCCAACUAUUAGCCGAGAGGAUGAGCCAUGCGGGCUCUGUCUAUCACCAGCACCUUCAUGUCGGAUUGGCCUGAAGAAAUAUAAAGCGUCUUUUACGCUUGAUUAUACUAAUUCAAUGUGUCAGAGGCUGGUUAAGUUUUCUUACGCCACUGCUUCCCAACCUUCACCUACAAACCCGUGUGCUAAUGUUCCCAUAAAGUGUCCACGGUGCCCCAAAGGAUCCAACACGGUAUGGAAGUACAACAUUGCUUUUCAUUAUGCGAAAAACCACUCCCCUUCUGUUCCACCUAGCGAAUUUGACAUCUCAGAUUUCGAGCUGGAAGGUCUCAAGAUGGUCUGGAACAAUCGCCAU